AUGACCCGACACGUUGAUCCCGGCCCGGGUGUGCUCCCUGUGCCCUCGACGCCCGGGAGAGAGCAUCGCAGUGUCUCCGACUUUGAUAUCUGGUUCCUAGAGUUUUCCAACGCCUACAGCCUCAGCCUUAGGCGGUCUCCGCCGAACUUGUCCCCCAAGAAGAAACGGGAUCUACCCUACUAUCGGGAGCUGGAAUAUUACGAGCGCCUGAAGGCCCAGUAUUUUAGGGGCAAUCAUGCAGGGAUACAAGCCUUAUUCGAUCAAAAGGCUAAAGAAAUCCACGGGAGGUGGGUGAAGAAACCACAUGCCGCCCUCGGUCUUACCCCCUUUCCCACUCAGCUACCCCGAGUGACCACCGAGCCCGAGCGAUGCCAGUUGCUCAAUCUUCUCAAAGCUAUCCUAGACGACGUCGGUUUGGCGAGCGUGUCUUCACGUUCCUUCACUUCGGAUUCGUCCUCGCAUCAUGCGUCUGAAUCGCCUUCUUCUACGAGACACCACUCUAAACGCCAACCGCGUGAGUGGCAGUUGAGCCCGUCCCCUAAGAGAAACCGGGGCGUCCUGUCGGAGGCCAACACUGAAUGUGACCCUGAAGAUGAGAGACCCCCGAGCGUGCUGUCGAUUCUUGAUAGGGGACGCGUGCGUACGGAGAGUCCCCUGCCUAGCCGGGCAGCCUCGGUUCAGCCACCAGGGUCGAGAGAAGGUAGGCGUCUAUUCGAAAUAUCCCUCGAUACGAGCAUAAGCAAGUCAACCCAUGCGUCGCGAGUCUUCUCGGAUCGUCCCGACGGCGAUACGCCCUUAACAUCGCAGGGGACGCAGACCACCGCUAUUGCCAGUAGCGCGGGGAAUACGAAGCCUCCACUGCUACCGCCGCCCUCGUUAGCUGGCUCGGAUUCGCACUCCUUUGGGGUCUCCUCUGGCACCGAACGGGCCCUUCAGAUAUCACUUGACAAUGUCGAGCGGCUCCUGCUCCAACAAAGAUCAGAACAGUUGGCUGAUGACGGGUCAUCGACCUAUUCGGAUUUCAGUUACCCAGUCGAACAGGAAAUUGAACGUCCUAUCACGCCCUCGCGUGCGACGGUCCUUCCUCCAGCCUCUCCUGCUCUCUCGUCCAUAGAGGAAAAUGUCCCUGACAGCACGCCACCUCGUGUGACUUACACGGGCAGCCAGGAUUUCGAGGACCGGCUUCAUGCUGUUUGGCCUCCACUUCCUCCGCAUUAUGACUGUGCCCCGUUUGCGAUCCGAUGGGAACUCAUGCGCAUUUCUCUCCACUGCGGUGUACAGAUGGACGCUUUACGGCUCGAGUACGAUCCGUCGUGGACUGAUCAAAAAACUUUCUGGGCACGAAUUCAGGCACUAUCCGUGUUCAGGGGCAAGAGCUUCCCUGAAAGAUCCCGGCCCGACGCUUGGGCAGCUGCUCUGAAUGGCAAAUUCUCUACUUCUGGCCAGGUCAUUGUUCUCACCGCCUGUCUAGACUUGAAUACCGCACCGACGGGACCUAUAUUUACUCUCAAGCUCAAUCCUCUCAAGUUUGAUCUCCCUCAUCGUCUCAAUCGUCGGUUUGGACCCGACAGGUUUCUUGAGGUCGUGAUACCGUCGAUGAAAACACAGGAUUUCAAAGGCCUAGAUUCUGCUGUGGAGAGUAUCCAGCGAUGGUUAGUCGACAAUACCCACGUACUCCUGGGUCGUCUGUGGACAUCAUUCUUCAUCAAGCCUGCCCUGGCGAAGAAGAUUGAAAGCGGAAAUGCGCUCAGGCCUCAAACUAAGACGAUAUACCAAGAGCGAAUCUAUAUGUUCGCCGAGGAUGGCAAUGAAUUUCAUCGUCUAGACGCAGACCUCCAGUAUUCACCAAAAGGUGAAUCUGCUGACUCGCACACGAAGAUGAGACGAGAAGGCCUUCUGGACUGGCUCUUACAAAUUUCUAACAACCAAGGGCAGACAGUGCUUAAACUCUUCUCCCGCAUCGCACUAGGUCUUAGCCGUACGCAGCCUACAGUGAUUGUUGAGCUGGAGCAAAUCCGGCAUCAAGAAUCCGAUAUCCUCUCCCCAGAAAAAGGGAACGGGGAGCCGAGGAAAGUUAUGAACGAUGGCAUCGCUCGUAUGUCCAACGCUCUCGCGAAAGCCAUAAGCAACUCUUUAGGUCUAGUAGAUGUUCCGGCAGGCUUUCAAGGCCGGUUUGGCAGUGCGAAAGGCGUCUGGAUCCGCGAUACGACCGAUAGUAGCGACGAUGUUUGGAUAGAGACAUUUCCUUCGCAGCGUAAAUGGAAGUGCGAUUAUAUCGAGGAUGACCAUCGCACAUUUGAAGUCCGAAACGCACCUAGAGAGCUGAGAGCUGCCAGCCUCAAUCUCCAGCUUCUCCCCAUCUUAGAAGACCGAGCCAUCGAUGCGACUCUGAUGAAGAGCCAGAUUGGCAAAUUUAUGAGGGACAGCCUCAAGAGAGACCUCGACAUCCAAAGAGCCGCUAUGCAGGACCCGACCCAAUUCAAGCUAUGGGUUUACGAAAACUCCCCCUCGAAUCGCCGGGAAGCCCGUGUCGAAAACCAGCAGGUCCCAUUCACAGCUGGCCUCCCGACGAACCGGGAAGACAUUAUGUCUUUUCUCGUCGAUAGUGGGUUCGAGCCCACUAAGCUGAAGUUACUUCGAGAGAUGGCUUGGAAUUUGCGGAGGGACAAAUGCACGGAGCUCGUCGAGCGGUUGAAUGUGAGAGUCGGGCGCUCAGCAUACGCUUACAUGGUUGUCGACUUUCUCGGAGUUCUCGAGGAAGACGAAGUUCAUCUGGGGUUCUCGUCGAAAUUUAUCGACGAGCAGUCCGGUUUCUCCGAAACCUUCCUUCAUGGUAUGGAUGUUCUCGUCGCCCGUACGCCUGCCCACUACCCCAGCGAUAUCCAAAGGGUUAGGGCGGUUUUCAAACCGGAAUUAGGCUCUCUAAAGGACGUGAUCAUUUUUCCGACCAAGGGCGACAUACCACUCGCUGACAAGCUUUCCGGCGGCGACUACGAUGGAGAUAUUGCCUGGGUCUGUUGGGAGCCUGUCAUCGUAAACAAUUUUCGCAACGCAGAGGUCCCGCCCAUCCCUGAUCUGUUCCAGCGUGGUAUCAUACGCAAGGAGAGCCAGAUUUACGGCAGGCUUGGUAAGCUGCCCGGUUCGAAAGACAUUACUUCGGAAUUUCUUUCGAUGGCAUUCCGGUUCAAUAUGCAACAGAACCUCCUAGGCACAUGCACAAACUACAAGGAGAAGUUCUGCUACCAACGGAAUUCUGUUAAGGACGACUCUGCGAUCCUCUUAAGCACGCUCAUCAGUAAUCUAGUAGAUCGAUCCAAGCAAGGGAUCGUUUUCACAGACCGGGAUUGGGCUGUCCUACGCAAGUCCCUAAGCCGGAUGGACCCUCCAGAACCCGCGUACAAGAAGAAGAGCUGGAGUGGCAUUGGGGAGCCUAGCCACAUAAUAGACUACGUCAAAUUCGGCGUGGGGAAACCUCUAAUCGAGGCAGAGCUCAAGGCAUUGAAUGAGUCCCUCGACCAAGGCGAAAACUUUGACAAGGAUCUCGUCAGUUAUUACCAGCACUACGAGAAGUUUCAGCGGCCCUUAAACGAACGCAAGGAGGCCGAAAGAAGCGCAAGCUUCAAGAAAUCUACGUGGGAGAGGAUUCUAGAGCAGCUGAGGAAAGACAUCGAUGCCUUGGCUAAAGCGUGGCAUGAAUCGAGCGACUCAUGGGAUGCGAAGAUAACCAACAUCUACGACAAGUGGCGGGAAAUCCCCCCCACCCCUACGGCCCGUGAGAAUACCGUCUCGGCCCUACAGCAAGAGGACCAAGUCAACGCCGAGCUUUCGAACUGGGACCUGUUGAAAGCGUCGUGCCUGUUCAAGAUGUAUUACAGAAGGUCUCCUAAAUUCGUCUGGUAUGUCGCGGGCAAGCAGCUCGCGUUCUUGAAGUCGAUGCGUGUGAGUCAGAGGGCAGGCGCCUCGCCGGUAGCCAUGGCCUCCAGCAUGUACGCUGGGUCGCGCCCAGAUGCGAAGUACGCGCGGAUGUUAGCUGCUAGAGCUGACGGCCACAGCUUGUUCGAUAGCGACGACGACGACUACUUUUCGGAUGAUGACCUCGCGGAUACCUUCUCCGGCUAA